AUGUACCCGUGCUGGCCUGGUCUACUCAGCACCAACGCCGCCGCCGUCGACAUGCUGUCAAGGCUGUCCGACAGGUUCAACAAGCUCGUCUGCGGCGUCCUGCCGACGGACGGCGCCGUCGUCGACGGGUCGCGCGGAGGGCUCAUCUCCCCGCUGCUGUUCGCGUCGGGAAGGUCGGCUGAGCAGCCCGGAUGCCUGUCGAGUCCGUCCGUCGCCGCGUUCACGCGGGAGACCGAUGGUGACGCGGAGGCCGAGCUGCCGUGCCUGGCGUUCGGAUCGGAGGACGGCUUCCAGGUCUUCUCCUUCGCCGAGAACCGCAUGCGCAGCGACGAAGUCGCGAUGCGGCUGGCGCGCGGCCGCCGGCACGUGCCGUCCCCGCACGGAGGGAAGGUGUUCGUCACGGACAUGUGCGGCCGCCACCCGUGCCACCUCGUCGACCCGUUCACGGGCGAGCGGACGCCGCUCCCCGACCUGCCCGUCCCGCUCUCCGAGGAGGAGCCGAUGCCGGUGCUCGAGACUGACCGGAGCGAGCCCCGGUACCGGCUGUCGACGGACGACGCGUUCGCGUGGGACUGGUCGCCGCACGGCGUCAUCGUUGCGCGCGGCGACACGGUGUUCUUCUGCAAGGCGGGAGGCGACGAGUGGACGCCGGUGCACCGGUCGAGCCACGGCUCGGCCAUGACCGUGAACUACCGCGGCGGCUUCUUCUUCGUGCUCGAGGAGCUGUCGCUGCGCACCGCCGUCAUCGACGCCGAGACCCUGGACCGCUCCGCCGAGAUCGACCCGCCGCCUCGCGACGGCGGCGUACACCUGGCGUUCCUCGUGACCUCCACCGACAACGUGCUCCUGCUGGUGAGCCGCGACGGGUACAGGUCGACCUUCACCCACGCGUACCGCGCGCACAGGCCGCGGCAGGACGGGCCCGUCCAGUGGGAGCAGGUGAAGAACAUCGGCGACCGCACGGUGUUUGUCGACGGCGCGCACGGCUUCACCGUUCGCGCCGGCGGGCGCGUGAGGAGGAACUGCGUCUACGUGUCCAAGACCGUGGAGCUGGACGACGAUGGCGGCAUGGCGCGCGUGGUCGCCGUGUCUCCGCUGAACGACCUGAGGAAGGUGGCGCUGGCGGAGGGAGGCGAGGCGCUAAGACGCUGCAAGAUAGAGCCGGUGUGGGGAAUAUCGCAUUGGAUGAUCUGUAACCAUGGACCGUCGCCGUCGUUAGGUUCAUCAAAUCAUAGCAAUCUAGCAUUAGAGCACUAG